AUGUUAGACUUGUUAUCACCUUUACGAGGUUAUAUUGCUCAAACCUUACAAUUUUACUUGAGUAAAUAUAUUGAAGACAUUCAAUUAGAAGGUCUCGGUCUUUUUGGUGGUGAUCUCGUCCUUAAUGACUUGAAACUUAAACGUCACGUCUUACGUGAGAGCCUUGAAAUUCCAUCAAGUUUUGAUUUUUCACGUGGUUUUAUACGAGAGCUUCGGAUACAAAUUCCAUGGACACAAUUAUUAUCUCAAUCAAUUGCAAUAAAGCUUUAUACUGUUGAGCUUAUUCUAACAGGAAAAAAUGAGGAUGAACAGAGCGUCACUCGAGAUGGAAUAGUUGCCACACUCGUUACUGAUGGAAAAGAACAACAGGAGAAGAUUGAACACCCAAAGUCCGGAUGGAUUUAUGACACAUUGCAGAAAAUUCUGGCAAAUGUGAGUGUUCAAUUGAACAACCUUGUACUCAAGUAUGAGCAUGAUGAUGUUGUCUUUUCCAUUACUCUAGGGACUCUACACGUUGAUUCUGCUUGUGAAAAGAAUGGGUGGAAACAAAAUUUUGAAGAACUGAAAGGAGGACAUCGCGUGAUCUGCAAAAGGAUUGAUGCCAAGGACGUAACCAUUUUCUUGGAUAGGUAUACGAGUGAUGGGCAUCGAAACCAUGGCAUGAAGCAGGAUUCAGUGCGGCGAAACGUAAUUGGAUACGAGAUGCCUGUGCUUAGCCGAACAUCGGUUUCCAUUCGAGCCAAGUUGCAGCUUUUUACCAGUGUCGCGGCAAACACCCAGGAUAUUUGCAGGAGCAAUUUCAGCUCUUCUAGGUCUCCCGUGCGGCGUGAUAUUGAAGGUAGCGUUAUUGAUGUGGAUGGAUUGUUCAAGUACAGACCAUCUGUGAUGUGCGAUCCGUUUUACUAUUACUCGUGCAGCCGCUCACGUGUGUCACCCAUGUACGAGGUGGAUGUCUUUAUUGGCGAGCUAUUUUUUUCCGUCAGCGAUCGACAAUUAGAGAUGCUGAACCAACUUAUCAAGUGCGCAAGCCUCAAGAUGGACCAAGCGCAUCACGAAUCACCUCAAAAACAAGAUUGCCAUUGCGCAGCAAGCGUUGACAAUGAAGCAAAAAUGUGCUAUCGUCCAUCGGAUAAUUUUACGAUUCCACAUAACACAAGUCACGCUGAAGACCAAAAGGUGAACGAGUCGACUAACAAGCAAGAAUCCUGGUUCGGCUGGGCGAUGAAUGCUCUGCGUGCAACUGAAGACGAGACAGAAGACGAAUUAGUUUCAGAGCUGCUCGCAGAAACGAGAGGGGCGAUGUUGCUGAAGGUACAAGAGCGAGACAGUAAUGUUGAUGAGGAUCUAUUGUUCGACAAUGACCCAAUUAUGAAAACUUUGUGUGCGCGACUGUGCGUCAGCACUGUUUCUUUAAUACUACGCAAGCACGGAAGUGUGGAUCAAGCAAAUGAGCACGAAGAAGACAUCACACUCUUUGAGAGCGGAGAAGAGCUUGUGCCGGUUGCAAACCUUGGCUUGGUGAAGGUUAUGGCGCAAAGAAGAAAAAGGGAAAUAGCACGACCAGCUGUGCCCAUUCUCAGUAUAUCCUUGAGUCACGCAGCCCUUGAAGUGUUGUUACCAUGGGGAAAGAACAAAACAAAACAAAGUGAAAUGGAUUUGGUUUUUGAAAUUGCAAAGGCAGAGCUGGCGUCGGCUACAGUUAGCGAUAAUCGAGAGGGCUCGAAGUGCAAAAAAGGCCAGGUACUGCUCACAUGGGGAUCAGUUGAUGAGGCUCACUUCUGCGAUUGCGUCUCACACCCAUAUUUUGCCAACUCCUUCUUUGGUGAGGAGAUGACACGGCUGAAUCAGCGUGAAAAACCGAGCUUUGAACCCGUCAAAGCAAGUCUAGAUUCUGGCAUUUGUUUUAAAGAAGCGCUGAAAGACAGUACAAACGCGGGAGAGACAGUAGACUUUUCGUGUGACUGCUUUACAACAUGGAAUGGAGAAAGAAUUCAUUGUAUUCCAAUUGCCACAGUGUAUAAGGUGUGCCACGAUGCGAUCAGAUGCAUUGGAAUCAAGGAGCGAUUCAUUGACGACGGGAUUUUAUCAAACGCCGUGUCCAGUGCUUGGGCUUCUAGUGGCUUUCGUAUCUCGAUUUCCGAAGGAAUGACCCGUGAUUUCAUCUCAGCCGCUGAUGAGUACCGCGCUUACCGCAAUCCAGAUGUUGGAGCUAUGGAUAAUUUGAUGCAGCUUCUUCAGCCUCAUUUGGCCAUGCUAUUAUCUCGUUACACGCUUCAUUCAUGUGCAGCAUCGUCACCUUAUGCAUUCUCUCGCUCCACCAAUAUCCGGCACCGAAGUGUUCACUCGGCGCUGCGCUUGCGCUUGGCAUUUACGUCAGAUCUCAUUGACCAUAAUGAAUCGUCGCGUAACGUACAUAUAAAGGAGGAAAGAGCCUGUAAGGUGUUGGACAUAUCAAUUAGCGAUAUUGAUGCUGUCUUGGAGCCUUCAAAAUGUUUGGAGAUAAUGGAAGCAUUGUCAAUAUUUCAGCGCAGGAGCGAAAAUGAGGAGGGCAAGACAGGAAUGAUGGGUACUAAGCUUUUACCACCAGUCACCGUCUUUGUGACACCGAAUGUGCAGUCUGUUAUUAAAAGUGACGUCACAUUGUUUACGAUAGGCAGUGUCCAUAUUCGACUGCCUAAUCAAGCAGUAGAACCAGAGCAGGAUGAAUUGGAACCAAAUUGUCGUGGUGAUUUGAAUGUGACUGCGCGCGACUUUGUGUGGCUUAAAGCUUUCCAUCCGGGUAAUAGUGAGAACCAUCUACAGCUUGGCGCUUCGUUCGCACAUAUGGGGAGACUGCAUAAAAACACCACACCUAGCAUGCUGGUAGAAGCGCUGGGAUUGGAUGUUAUGAUGACCAAAACCUCUGGAGGUGAUAACGAUGGUGUCUUCACCAGAUUGAACAAGCUAAAGGUUAAUUUAACUAUGUCUGUCGCUCAUUACGUUGCGUCAUUGGUAAACAACUUAUCAAGUCCUCUCGGAUAUCCAAUUGCAUGGCUACCAUUAAGUUUGACAUCAAAGACGUUGCGAACGACAUUUCAAAUUGAAGCGUGCGGAACUACUUUAUCCAGGAUAGUUUCCAAUCGACCCAGACUAUUAAUGGCUCAGCGUCAGUCACUAAGCGCUGAAAUUGCAUCAGUGAGCGUCAGUUUAAUCAGGAUAGGAAGCAAAUCUGAAUCUUCGCGCUUGGUCCUGCAAGGCGGCGUUGCUCCGAUGGUACUUCGCGGAUCGAAGUUUAAUGCUUUUUUGUUCAAGCUUGACAUUUCCCAAGAAAAAUCAUCGGGUGUACUGCAUCAUGUACCGCUAUCUCACUCGCUCGGCCUAUUCUCCUUAAAUCCCGGGUCAGAUUUAAAAAUUUGUACUCAUUGUCAAAUUGCCGUCAAUGCGCAGCUUGCCCGAGUGUCUGUGGACGUGCAAGGUGUAUUGGAGCUUGUUGGUGCUAUGUUAGGUCUUGCACAAGGUGUUAUGGCAGAUUUUCUACCUAGAAUCAAGUUGAACUCUCCAGAUGAUGAUUCUGAGCUGAAAGCACAAGAAAAGGAUUGUAUAGAAACGGCUUCAACGGGGUGGAGCUUGACAAUUGAUCUGAAAGCUGCCGGUGGGGAUAUACGCGUAAACGAGGCACUUCAAUUAACGAUGCCGUUAGUGUCGGUAUCAUCGGUGGAGAUGGACACAGGGCUAUCGACUCAAGCAAAGCCUGGUGGAGUUCUUAAGAUCGAAUGCAUAGUGAGGGAAGUUACUGUAAGCGUAUCAGAAAGCGGUGUCCUCCAGGGUCUUGAAGACCAGAGGGUACUUAGCAUCCAAGACGUUCGCCUUGCAGUGGAUUUCUCGCACAGUUUCGUUGAUUGCCGUCAUGCGAGUACAGUUGAUAUCUCGCUUUACGUUUCGACUAUUCAGGCGUCAUUAUCUCGACUGAAGGUUUCAUAUCUUUUAAAACUUCCUUUCGUUAAAGUAGACACUCAGGCAAGAAAUCGAUCAUUUGCUCAAACUCCUCAGUCACAAAAGAAAGACGAUUACAAGAUUGGCAGCGGAGCUGCUACGCGAAGUCAGUGGCGUUGGAACUUAGGUGUCCAGUGUGACCAUGUCGGCGCUUCUUGUACUGCCGAUAUUGGCCACCAGUUAGCGGACCGAAGUCAACAAAUUCGGGCGGUUGUAGACAGCAAGGUGUUAAACAUUGCUGUAGCUGCACGUAUUGGCAAUUACCAUCCUAUUAAGAAUCAAAUUCAACCAGCAGCAGGAUGCGGUAGCUUUACUGAUAUCCAGGCAUCAAUCGGCGAUAUUCAAAUUGUGGAGAGACUUCACAGUGCUGAGCGAGAGGUUUGCACUGCUUUUGGUGAGUUUUCACGCUUACCAGAGCAUGCCUUUCUAGGCAUCUUGGUGUGCCUAGAUGUGUCUGAUUUGAAACACUUAUUAGAGACAUUCAGUGUUUCACGUACCCGUACUAUCGCACUAGAGGAGCAAGCACUACAUUCUCCAAUCCUAUCGUGGUAUUUGACAAGUUGCAUUGCCAGAGUGUUCCAGGAAGCCAAUGCUGAGCGGAAACAAAGAGAAGCCAGUAUAAAGUGUCCUACUGCAGAAAUCCCUCUAAUUAUAGCCUGGAGUGAUCGUGCACAACCCAAGACUACUCACUCUUUCCCAUUACUUUCGGGAUUUUAUCGCAAUUAUAGUGAGGCUGGUCUUCCUCGACAUGUCGUUGCGGGCUCUGUGGAGAGCGUGGACGUUGCUGUAACAACAUCAAGUCUGUAUUGUCUUGCUUCAGUGAUGGAUGUGCGCGGUAAGAUGCCGAACUCAUUUAAAGUAAGCGCUAGAGCCAAAGAGGCUCACAACGAUUUUAAGUUGAGAGCUCAAACAUCACCUGGUACGGUCGACCAAGGUGCUUUGGCGGAUAUGGAGGUGUCGCUUUUGUGUGGUCAGAUUCGCCUGAUCCUUCCGAGCGAAAGCACCAAAGAUGCUAUCAUAUUAGCACGGCCAGUGUCUGGGAAUAUUUUGGUCGUUAUGGAAUCGUUGUCGGUGGUAUCUGCCGUCCGAAGUGAGAUUUCGCUAGAACGAUUGGGAUACCCUCCAUUUAAUGCUAGAGUACUACCGAGGCGACCUACAGUUCAAGCACAACGAUUUGGUCAGUCGCAGAUGCGGAUUGGCUGCAGAGCCGGCAAGAUUUCUGGGUUUGUUGCCAAAUUGCAAUUUGGUCAAGCCGUAUCUACUACCACCGAAAUGGUUGUAGGAAAAGGCCCAUUUGAAGACUACAUCGGUCAUGUGUUGGGGUAUCCGGCAUAUUUUUUGGAUAUGGAGACAUUCUGGUUGCCGCUUAACGUAACAUGUAGUCUUGAAGAGGAGCCUUUUGCUGCGAACGAAGUUGACCAAACAAGAAUGAAAUGCAUUGCUACUGUUGCUUUGACCAAGUUUAGACUCGACCUACGUAAACCAACUUAUGACGUAUUGGCUACUCGCAUUCUGGCAUUCAGUCGAGGUAUCAGUGUGUUAAGCCGAUCUAUUGUACCACCAUCACAGACACAGCUGAAGCCAGUCGAGUUUACGGAGUCGCAGGAGCCAUUUUCAGUGAUCGAGCGUAAAUUUCAGCGAGAAGUAUCGCUCUCCUGCGACGGAGUCGAGGUGAAUGUGUUUGAAACGAAUGAAUCCACUCAUGUUCGAAUCGGAGCCAUCACCCUUCGACACAACAUCUCGACACUUGCUGGUAGUGCUUCCAUUCAAAAUUUAGUAAUGGGUCGUCGAACAAUUGAAGGUGCACAAAAUUUGGCACACAAUCACAUUGCUGUGGAGGAUGUGGUCUUUGGGGCAAAUGCGGAGCCAAGCUUGUGGCAACUAUCUGUAGAAAAUUAUCCUGAAAAGUUGAUUGUUGCAAGGUGGAAUUUUGGUGAUCGCGUAGAAGGAACACUAUUUGUUGACGUGCAAUCGUAUCAGCUUCACGUAUCGCAUCACUUGAUUCUCGGGCUGUCUUGCUUCGUUCAUGUAAAACCGACAUAUUUAUUCUCGGAAUCUUACCGAGAAGUGAGAGUUGAUAAGCAAGUUAAGCUACUUAAGCAUCCGAAACCCUUCGUCUUACAUCCAAAAUGGAAUAUUAAGGUCCUUGUAUCUCCUGGGGUGAUGUCGUACUGGACAGAAAAUCCUAUGAAAAGAGAAAGAUCAGGUGUUUGGUUGACGUCUGGCCAACUUUUUGUGAGCAUUGGGAUUGGAAGUAGGGACAAAGUCCAGCAGUCACUACUUACGUGUGGACAAACUGUUAACGAAAUUACCCGAUUUGUCGACGUGCCCACAGUUGAAGCGAUGAUAACUAUUGACAAGCUUGGUAUCAACACCUCCAACGACUUGCCUCUUCUGCAGGUGCGCUAUCAAAAUAGUUCAGUUGCCCCAAUUCCUACUUCCAGCACCUGGCUGCAGUUUUCGAAAUACAUCAGUGCUGUGUCCGAGACUCAGCAGCUGCUGCAAAACUGCAGCGUUCAAAUUACUGGAGUGCAACAUCAAAUACUAGAGCGAGUACUUGUUGAGGAAACGGAAGUCUGUUUACUUUACACAGACAUGGCGCGUCUUAGUAUUCAGGCGGAAGCCAGUACUUUGUGCGUAAAGGUUUCAUCGUCGUCGCUAAAAACGAUACAAUCAUUGUUGACGGUACAUGCUGACCGCAAUGAACAAUGCGACAACUCAUCUCAUCGUUCAUUAGGUAGUACUCGAGAAAUUUUCGCGAGUGAAACCUUUAUUCCUCAGAGUCAUGAACCAGAACAAUUAGACAGAUACUCCGGCGAUGAUUUUAAAAUGUUGAGACGGGUGACAGAAGGUCGACGACCUUCACCAGGAGAACUGGUGUUUACGGAGGCGAUUUUGAUUGAAACUCAGGGCAUGUUUUCGGCUAAUUCUUCCCCGAUUGCGGGCAUGAAUGUUCAGAUUCAGAUUGAUCCUAACAAAUUUGACAUCAAGUUGGCUGAUGUGUUAGCAUAUCUCAAGGACUGUAAUGAGCCAUGGACCGUCGAAGAUCAUGAACUUGGUGGAGAGCGGUCAUUCUUCACGGGUGUAGGUAGUAAAACGCACAGCUGGAUGGGAAUGCGCUGGUGCUACCACAUACCACGCAGAAUUUGUAAGAUUGAGGCUAGUCCUGUGCCCAUUCCGCCUACUGGAGUCCCGAAUGGCUGGCCGUCGUGGAGAUGGAAUCGGGGGCAUAACGAUGAUAUAGGCCGACUUUGCGACAUUUUCUGUCAGUUAAGGUGUUGGGAUAGCAGAAGAAAAUGCUAUGCUGUCAUUAGCGAAUUUUAUAUUCCGUGGGAACUUGCGUUGACGAAUAAAAGUUCAGGUGAGUCGGAUGAUGGCAAUGAAGUAGGAAGUUUUGGCGAGUUAAUGAGUCAAUGGUUUGACGAUGGCAUGGACGAAGCACAGCACCGAUCGAAAAUGCUCGAGUUCGGUGCCCGGCCAAGGGUGUUUCUAUUCGACAGCGAUGUUUCUUCAGAUAGCUGGGAGCUAAGAUGGAGAACUCCGCUAAAGAGUGAGCAGGAAUCUGAGAACAAGCAGAGGCGUCUCGUGGUGAACGCCUUGCUUGCUUCAUCCCUGCAGGUGAACUCUCUUUUAAUACGUGACGCCUACCAACGUGUGGUUGCAAGCAUCUCGCUUCCACAAAUUGUGCUAUCUGUCACCUACGCGGACUCUCGACAUGACUCUCACGAUAUCGUCACUGCUGAGCUCAAUGAUACCGUAAUUUCUUGCGUGAUAUCUGGUAGCUAUCACAAUAGGACGCUGAAUGCACACUUAUCUUCGUCGAUGCAAGCAUACAUUGAUAACAUAGCUCAGCUUCUUACUGUAUCGGUUCUCCCGCAAACUUCAAUUGACGUCAUGACUGAGAUUUCUCCGGCGGGCCUUGAGCUUUCUACACUGAUUGGUCCGGUUUGCCUAUAUCUGAACCAGACGACGAUGUUGGUGAUAUCUGCAAUCCCAAAGCUUCUCCAGGCGGAUUGGAUACCUUCGUAUUUUAUCGGAGCGACACCAGAUGAAAGACUGGCUAAUAUGCGCAUAAGGAUCGUCAACAGCGUAGGAAUGGAUAUCUGGUAUCGACAGGAAGGUACUUCAGAGUGCUUACUUCUGGCUACAGACACAAGUGCGGCAUAUAGCUGGCUUUCACUGGCAAACAGCCCAUUUUAUCAGCUUUGCUUUGCUAUGGACGAUCCAGGCCAGCAGCUAAGUAGAUUACGUACUAGCAAAAAUAAGCAAAGGAAAAGCAAGCAGCCAACGCGCGAGGGCCCACGCUGGUGCGAUCCGUGCAGGAUCAAAGAAAAUGCAGUUACUGGCCGAUAUUUUAAUGGCCGCGGCUUCUUGUGGAUUUGUGUGGAACUGAGCGGUUUGCAGACAAUCGUCACACUUCGUGCAUCGCUAAUUGUCAAAAACUACUGCGGCUUUCCUGUGCUGACUAAGUUAAUGAAUGAGGAGGCUUUGGUAGUUCAUUGCAAAAGAUUGGACAACCUUUUCCCAGAUACUCACACGCUUUGGCGAGGCCACUCUAAUUGUAUAUCAUUGGACGGAUCGGAGUGUACUCUUUCUGCUACUGCAAAAGUAGAUGAUGGCACAGCCCGAGUUAUGCUCGAGUAUGUAAAAUCUGCUGCGUUUGGCAUUGAUGGUGGUUCUUGGUGCAGCGUGUCAACACAAGAAAACGUCCCCAAUGAGUUUGACCUUGUGAAAACCUAUGACGACCAGGCGGAAAGCUUGAAGAGAACGCAGUGUAGCUUUGCAGCUCUCACUUCCAAACACUCCACUCAGUACGCCUGGGUCAUGAUUACUCGUGCACAAUGCAGGACCGUGCUGCCUACGGACUUUGACCUACUGCAACCGCAGGUGUCGCGGCGAUACACAUGGAUGGAGAUUUCAUUGUGGCCUGCUAUCAGUGUGGAGAAUAUUAUGGAUAUUCCGAUAUUGCUUUCCUUAUCACAGAAGACCACUACCAUCAAGUUAAAACUUGCUCCGUCAAGUAAAGAGUGUUUGUCUGCAAUCAACCCGUUUGAAUUAGUAGAUGUGAAACUGCAGUAUGACCAAAGCUAUACCAUGACACAAGUCGCUCCGAAGCCACAAGCAUUUUCAUUGGAAUGCAUCGCCAAUAAAGAUACGAAGGAGCAGAUUUUUAACGGUGAGGGAUGCAAAGUGACUGUGAACUUUUGCAACGACCGUUGUCCGAUGGUCCAAAUCAGAACAGAGCGUAUUCUUACUGUCGCCAACAUGACGCCGAGCGUUUUGACCAUUGGUAUUGAUAGUCCUCUUGUAAACCAACGAUCUGUGGAGAAGAUUGAGUCGUGUGUGGAACGGUCCGUUGGUUUCUCAAUGAUCAAUAAUUUUUUAAUGAUUUCGCUCGCAACUGCUACAGACUCAAAUACCGAGUCGGAUCAGAUGGAAUGGUCUCCAGAAGUCUUACUUAAUGUGAAAGGUGAUACGAGACCGAUUGUUAUACCAUUUACAAGGAACGGGCUUACGAGUUUGGCCAGUGCUUAUUGCAUGGAGAUGGUGAAUUCAAAUGGAUACCUGAAGCUUAUUAUCCGUCCACAAGUCGUGGUGAUCAACUCAACGAAUUGUGCUCUCAUGUGCGUUCCUACUGACAGCCAGAGUGGCACAAUCAUAGAGAAGUAUGAAACAUCGGUUAUCGCAGGCAAUAAUGCUGGAUGGUGUGUGCCUGUUUGUUUACACAAAGAGACAAAAAAGAGAAGUAUUACUGCCGAUGUAUCGUCGUGGUUGAGGUCGAAAUUAUCAAGUCAGUCAAGCGAGGACAUGUCAACCACCCUGAAGCAUGCCCAUGUGGUAAAAUUAUCUUGCUCAUUUCGGCUGAGUCUAGUGGAAGAUGGAUAUGUGUGGUCAGAGGAGAUAUCGGUUCUGAUCCCGCAAAUAUCUCUUCUACUUUAUCCAGGUGGCAAAUUGAAAGUGGAUGAGGCGCCAUUAUCGUCAACAUUACCAUCAAACACUAAUGAUUUGUAUCCAGCUUCCUCGACAACAACUCGUCGGAGGCGUUUGCUAAUUCGCCAUCGUGACUUCAGGCACAAAAUGCUGACGUACACAAUGACACAAAAAGGAAAAUCUAUUCACAUUCUGUUUUUUGUGGAUCACCAACCGCCUGUGGUAAUCCACAACCAGUGGCAAAGACGAUUGGGUUUCCAAAAUGUGUCAUUUUCAUCGGAUCCAGAAGGCGUUGGCGCUAAUUUCUGCCUAGAAUACGAUUGGAGUCUACAGGUGUCGUCAAAGCAAACGAGGCCAAAACGAAAGCCAGUGGUGAGGAAUUCGGAGAGCAACAGUAAAGAUGCUGAUGCGGAUUACAGAUUAUUAGAUGAUUGGCUAGAAGCUUCACGGUCGUUCAAGAAAGCGGACAUGUCAGGUACAGCAAACGACGACCGUACACGUUUCCAGAUUGGGCUGCCACAAUACGGAUGGUCUAACGCGCUUUGGCAAGUUAGUGGAAUUCAGUUCGCGUCGUUCACUAGUGAGAAGGGGGGUGUAAUGGAUACACCAACGCUUACUUUCUUAGUUAUGUGCUCUUAUCGGGCAGGGUCAUGGUUGAUAACAAUAACCUGUCUUGAGGAUCCAACACGAAAAGGUCAUGCGAGUCGAACAGCACCGUUAGUGUUACCUUCAAUGUUAUCACCGUCAGAAACGCUGCAAAUUCUGCCGACGUUUUUGAGAGUUGGUUUGGUCGUGGAGGAGCUUUCUUUUCAUUUCUGCGACGAAUAUGACCCUGUGCGCGAUGAUCGAGGAAUAAUCUUGUACCCGGAGAUAAUACAAGCGACCUGCAACACAGUGUCGAUUGUGUUUGUAACGGCUCCAGACCCACCUGAAGCUUCCCGUCACAGUACACGCUUGGGUUACUUGUCACACGUUCGAUCGUACACGACGCUUUUCAUUUCGGUUGAGGAUGUGGAAGUGAGGCAUUUUUUACAAAUCUGCAAUUUUCCAGUGAUUCUUUGCUUCCCCAAAAACACUCGUGAAUCGAAAGAAUUGGCGCAGAUCGAUCGCGUAGAAAAGCACGAAAGUCUGAGAAGUCUGACGAGCAAACUACUUGAUGAGCAAGUACCUAGAAAGGAGAAUGCUUGCUUACUUUUUAGGGUUAUUUACGCGGAUGCGUGGAACCCGGUUGAAAUUCCGUCUUACUUCCACAGUAUCGAGUUGCAUUUGUCUCCGGUUGUCCUCCAGGUGGAAGAUAACAUGUUAUUGUAUGUGACCGCAUUCAUUCGACCAAUGCUUGACGCCCUAGAAGGUGAAUCUGCUUUCGGCUUAGUGUAUUGUACCAUUGAUAAGUCGGGUUUAAUAACUUCUCGCGAGGAUAUCUGGAGCUUGCAUGCGUACGAAUCGGCGGCGAUAUCGAAACAGUGCAAAGUGUAUAUAGAGCACUUUGAAAUCAGCAACUUGGAUGUCACUGUCACCGCACGCAUGGCAAUUCCUGUACUGAAUAGUUUUGAUGGCACACCACUGCAUUUUGAAUCGACCAAGAUGCGCAACGUGUUUUCGUUUCCCGACCAGCUUUACAAGGAUUUGGCAGCAAACUACGUUGCCGACACGAUUGUCCGCUCUCCGAUUCUUCUAAUGUCGUUAAACAUUAUUGGCAACCCAGCGGGCUUUCUAAGGAGCUUUAGUCAAGGAGUUCGAGAUCUCGUUGAGAUACCAUUAACUGCGUCAAGAAAUGGGUACAGUCCAUGGGUACUCAUAAAAGGCGUCAUGGGCGGUGUUGCCUCCUUUCUGGGUCAUACCGCAGCAGCAACGCUCACAUCCGUGUCCGGGUUUUCGUAUUCCAUCUCACAUACAAUGGAUCAGCUCACAUUGCCAUCGGAUCAGCUACGGAAGCAUCAUUACACCCGGCCAAGUCAUUUGUCAUCUGCUCUUGCUGAUGGGUUGGGUUCACUGGGAUCGAGCGUGGUUGGUGCAGCAGCAGGAGUGAUUACUACUCCAAUUGCACUGUACAAGGAACGCACAAGGCAAGGUCUUAGCACCGGAAUUCAAAGCAUUGCAAGCGGCGUUGGCAUGGGGCUGGUGGGUAUUGUCGCCCGGCCUAUGGGUGGUGUAGCAUCACUUGUGUCUAUGGCUUCAGAUGGGUUGCUAUACGGAAUAAAUGGUAACUGCACGCCAGGCACUGACUAUGUCUCGCGAUUUAAUGCGCAACCUAAUGAAUUGCUACGUUACAAACUGAAAGUGCUACCAGACGCAGUUGGAAAUAGUUUGAUUUUUGCUCAUGGUAUUUGGACACUUUUGAAUGAGAACAAGCUGGUCGUCUCCGGCCAGAGCCUCGAGUACAUAACUAUGGAGCAGUUGGAAGCCUCCGAGAAUGAACUGCUCCGCAGCGUAUUGCUUCCCGGCGAUAAGGCACGCCAUCUAGUCCAAGUGACUGUUGUGUGUUCGAAGGACUGUCUGUAUGUCGUGGGAACAAGUGGUACGCAAAAUCAAGCCGUGUUGGCCCAAACACGAUUGGAAUCAAUUGAAGCGGUCGAAGAGAGUCUCAGAGAGCCAACUAUUUUUGAUUUGGGUGUAAAGACACCGACGGGCGUAGAGUGGCUGCGCUUCCGUCUUCCGCCGCGCCAAAGACGGCUAUUGAGCCACCAGCUGCGGCUUUGGCUGGCUGGAGAUGUCGUUUUGUAA